ACAACAAACCCCAAAUCCAUUUCAUUUCAAUUCUUCUACAUUCAAAAUCAGUCCAAAAUUUUCAUAUCGCAUCUCAAAAUUGAACACCAUUUUCUUCACCUACAUAUACAUAUACUUAAAAACUAUCUAUAUCUAUCUACCCACCCAAUCAAUCCAAAUCCCCUUCAAAACCCUUGUCAGACUCUUCAUUCCAAGAUCUCCAAAAUAAGAUCAGCAUUCGGGAGUUCUAAGUAUAGUUGGAGGUAGAUGAUGAUGAUGAUGAUGACAGUCAAGAUAGAACGAUUAUUGAGUUGAUAUAUCAAAAGGGUGGAAUUUUGUGAUUGUUAGUUGGAUAUGAGCAGGUCUCCGUCAUUUUCUGCAAGGACGGAACCCAUUAUAAAUGUUGACCCCGAGUCUGUGCAACGUUGGAUUGUUGCGUUUUGUAUAAUUAGGUUUGAUCUUGAACAAGGUCAGCUUAUUGAAGAGUGUUAUCCACCUGGUUGUCUUACUCCUGAAGAGGAACUUGAUGUUGCGUUUAGUUCAUUUCCUGAUUCGGUUUCCCAACACCAUAACCGAUCGAGUAUACAUGAUUGCAUGUUCUUUUUUAGAAUUCAGAGGAGGGGGAGUUUUACGGGUAAUAACGGUGAAAAGGUACCAAAGAGGCUGAGUUUUGGUGAAAAAGAUCGUGACUUGAAAUAUUUGUAUGGUUUUGUAUUUAAUAGACAAAGGCAUGAUGAGAGACUAAAACGAGGGGGCGAACAGAAAUCAGUGGUGAUUUUGUCACAUAGUCCGUAUUCUAGCUUAUUUAAACCUCUAUUACAAAUCAUGGGUCCUUUGUAUUUUGACAUUGGAAGAAAAGCUCUUGAUUGUGUUGCUUCAUCUAUGUCAUCAUGGCCUGCACCUUUACCUGGUCAACUCAUGGAGCUACCUAUCGGAAAUGCUACACUUAAGGUCAACUUGCCGCCAGUCCAUAGCUUAUCGUUUGAUGGUGAGGUAUCGCUUGAAGAGUCUGCAUCUUCCAUGGCUCCACUUCUUCCAACGAACCAGUCAAUCCCACAUGGUCUUUUUCAUGAUUCAGAUAUUUUCGGGAUUUUUAGAGGGCUUUUAUUGCAGCUUUGGUUGUUAUGGGAAUUGUUGCUUGUUGGAGAGCCUAUUCUAAUUAUAGCACCAACGCCUCCACAGUGUUGUGAAGCUGUUGCUAGUUUGGUUAGUUUAGUUGCUCCACUUUUUGUUAGUGUCGAUUUUAGGCCUUAUUUUACUAUACAUGACCCAUAUUUUGCUCAUUUAAAUUCACUCCAAGAAGGUGAUACCUUCCCUUCAAUCGUUCUAGGUGUCACGAAUCUGUUUUUCCUAAAAUCAUUGCGUAAUAUUCCCCACAUAGUGUCAGUUGGAAGCCCGGCUCUCAAUUCGACCCGCCUCCCCUUUGCUUCUAGGGCUUCAACCGGAAGAAUUCCAGGCCGACCCGAAGGUUUUAGUCUCCCCCAACUAAACUUGAAGAAGUUUUCUCCUUCAAAUUUGUUAAAUGCUGUGAAACUAAAGAGAGAUGGUCCACUUUGUCUCAUGACGGAACAUAAAGAAGCUGUGUGGAGUGGUUACAUAUCGAUAACUAAGCCAGAUACGUCUAUUCUGAAUAGACUUGUUGAUGCAGGGUUGUCACCAAGGGUGGAAGAAUCAAUGUCAGUUGUUAACAAUGAGAUAUUGCGCCGCCAUUUCUUGGAGCUUACUACUAAUUUCUUAGCCCCGUUUGGCCCAUAUUUUAGAGCUAAUACACCUUCUGUCGGGUCAUCUCCAUUUGUUGAUCCUCCUCCUUUGUCUGCUUUUGAUGCCGAUGAAUUCCUUGGAAGUUUAUCAACCAGAGGUCCUGGGAAAUUUCUAUCAAAGAGGAUGAGAUCUAAUUGGCUAGAUCUCUACAGGCGGUUCAUGAAAGGGCACAACUUCAAGCCAUGGUUUCAAAGAAAGCGAGCCGUGGCUGAGCAAGAGCAAUAUAGAUUGUGGAGGCAAGCAAGAAUGAAUGCUGACGUACAAGUAUUUAUCAACAAAUUAUCGGAGUUGGAAAUCGUAGAAACAUUCAAUGCUAUUGAAAGGCAUCUUCUUGUUGAAAUGCAGCAAUGUGAAAACUCUAACAAUCAUUCGGAAGCAACCUGCCAUAAACUCAAAGGAGAUUUGCAGGCAGUCUUCUACGUCCUUCCCAAAGACAUGCAACAUCUCCUACUUAUGAACCCCGAGAGGGCCGCCCUUUUACAAUGACACCUAAAAGGGGAAAUGGAAAAACUUUUCCACUUUGACAUAGAUAUUAAUGUAAACGCCCACUAGAAGACUACUAUCCUCUUAUUAAUAGUGCUGCUAAAUCUGUCUAAAGAUUUACAGCUUGAGCUCGGGUUCAGUCCAUAAUCAUCAUGCUAGACAACUGAAGGUGGAUUCAAUACAGCUUUGAUGACUAAAAAAUCUCUCAAAUGCUCUCUGUUUCCUUUUCGUUAAAUGAAUUGUUCGAGUUUUUCUUCAUGAUCAGGGUGUUGGGGCUUGUGGAAUAUGUAUUAUGCAAAUUGUCUGCCCAGAAUUGAGUUCUCGGGUAUCAUCAGGUAAACAUGUACCAAUUUAGUAACAAUUGAGAUUAAGAUUUAAUGAAUUUAUGUUCUAGAAUUCAUCUUUUCAUGAAGAUUUUCUUUAGACAUCAUUUCAGGUUAACCAAUUGUCCAUAACAUCUUCGUUUUUAA